GGUCAAUAUAUUAGCCGCAUCCUCUUACCACCACAACCCCCAAGAAGAAGUUCUCUCUUCUUCACUCCCUCAAUUAAUUUCCUUCUGCACAUUCAUGGCUGAAGAUAUUGAAGUUCCUCAGUAUUUCGUAUGCCCGAUCUCCCUUCAGAUCAUGACCGACCCUGUAACAGCUAUUACAGGCAUCACAUACAACCGAGACAGCAUCGAGCACUGGCUAUUCCACGCCAAGAACACCACCUGCCCCGUAACCAAACAGCCGCUCCCCAAAGACUCCGAGUUAACCCCGAAUCACACGUUACGCCGGUUGAUCCAGGCGUGGUGCAUGGACAAUGCCUCUAAAGGCGUGGAUCGAAUUCCAACUCCGAAACCGCCUCUCAGCAAGGCCCAAGUCGUGAAGCUGCUCAAGGACUUUCCGGACCCGCAGUUCCAGCUAAAAAUCAUUAGAAAACUGGAGCUGCUCGCUACCGAAAACGAAGGUAACCUAAAGUACAUGGCGGAAGCCGGUGUGGCUAAAACCAUGCUGUUAUUCAUCGUAACAUGUUAUAAAAAUGGUAGGGUAGAUGGUCUGGAAGAAGCUCUCAGCGUGCUUCACUUUAUUCGGAUUUCACCCGAAGAAUUAAAUCAUCUUUUGUUAGAGAACAAUCAGAUCAUGGACUCGUUGACGUGGGUUUUGAGCCGUGAAAUGGAGAACCAAAUCGAGGUGAACACCCACGUCAUGUUGGUGCUGAAGUCCAUAAUUCAGAAGGUCAGUUCAAGCGUGCUAGAAACCCUCAAUCCUGAAUUUUUCAGGAACAUCUUAGGGGUUUUGAGAAAUGGUGCCGUUACACAACAAGGCACCAAUGCGGCUUUACAAGUGAUGCUAGACACUUGUCGCUGUGGAAGCAAUCGGAUCAAAAUGGUGGAAUCCGGCGCAGUUUAUGAGCUCGUUGAGCUCGAAUUGGGUGGUGCAGUUCAGGAAAAGAAAACAACUGAGCUCGUUUUGGGGAUACUGUUCCAUUUGUGUUCUUGUGCCGCAGGGAGAGCUCAGUUUCUUAGUCAUAAAGCAAGCAUAUUUGUCGUGUCCGAGAGGAUCUUGAAGGGUUCGCAGGCGGCCGACGACCGAGCUGUUCUGAUCCUUUACUUGAUAAGCAAGUACUCUGGAAAUAAGAUGGUACUUCAGGAAAUGUUGGAGUUUGGAACGGUGAAGAAGCUUAUAACGCUGAUCCAAGUCGAUUGUGCUCCAUAUUUGAAAGAAAAGGCAAGUGAAAUUCUUAGUUCACAUUCCAGUGAGUGGAAGAACUCUCCUUGUUUUCCUCGGAGCUCAGUCACAGGUCAUGAUAUAUAUUGAUGGUCAGUAGUAUUCGGUAUUCACCUGAUCAUCAGCAACUGACCAAGAAAAUUAUGUUUAAUUAUUCUUAGAUUUAUAUUCAAGUGUGAAAAACAGAAAAAAAAAUCAACUUAAAAAUAAAUUUGUUUACGGUUAGAUUUACAUUUACUGGUGUUUGAGCAUAAUUUUUUUUCUUAAAAUUAAUAUUAUUGUAUUGAUGGAUAUAUGAUCUUCAUAUAUGUUUAUUUAAACGGUUUAUUAUUUGCUAAACGAAAUUAUGUAAACAAACAAAUUGAAUGAAUGAAAGGAGGAGGAUGAGCACUUCUGGCAA